CUGCACCGUCCCCCGUUAUCCUCUGGUAUAAAUAUGAGCAGCAAAGAGUGUGAGGCAGCUUCAGACAGUCUGGAGUCUCAGGAAACAAACAGAGGUUUUUCUCAUCACUACUUGCUGCCCUCGUGAGAGUCCGAUAGGAUGUUAAUGAUGAUGAUGAUGAUGAAGAAGAAGGGGCUGAAGCCUCUGACCGUGGUUGCUCUGCUUCUGGUCUCAGUCAGCGGUGUCGUCCCUCCAUCCAAGGACGAUCUGAUACAGAUCUCUCUUCAGGGAGGGAAAUAUCUGAAUAAACAGAUUGAAAACGCCAUAAACGGCGUGCAGGAGAUGAAGAGUGUGAUGGAGAAAUCCACCGAGGACCAUCAGAGGUUCCUGGACACGCUGGAGAAAACCAAGCAUCAGAAAGAAGAGGCGCUGCGUACGGCUCAGGAGAUGGAGACCAAGCUGGAACAGGAGGAGGAGGUUUGUAACGAGACCAUGAAGACUCUGUGGGAGGAGUGUAAACCCUGUCUGAAGAACACCUGUGUCAAAUAUUACUCCAGAACAUGCAGCACUGGGUCAGGACUGGUGGGACGACAGCUGGAGGACGUGCUGAACAGAACGUCUCCGAUCUCCAUCUGGAUCAACGGUGAGAAGAUAGACGUGUUGGAGCAGGAGGGACGGAGACAGAACAGAGAGUUUAAGAACCUGGAGGACAAAUACACGGUGAUGGCUGAUGGUGUGGACAGCAUAUUUUCAGACAGCAUGAAGGUUGCCGACCACGUCCACUACAACCCUCCAGUCUUCUACAUUCCCAGGUUCUUUGGAUCGUACAUUCGCCACCGCAGAAGCAUCCGCUCCGUUUUCCAGAACCCAUUCCACGGCUUCCAGAGUUUGUUCGCCCCCAUGAUGGGAAUGGGCCGGAAUUUCUUCGGAUCAAUGGAUUCCAUGAUGGACACUGACCUUAUUCCUGAUGAGGACAGCAACGUGAACGAGGACGUGGUGAUCACCAAACCCUUUGGCAACGGCAGGAUGACGUGCAGAGAGAUCCGCCGCAACUCCGCCGGCUGCCUCAAGUUCCGCGACGAGUGUCAGAAGUGCAAAGACAUUCAACAUAUUGACUGCUCUGGGAAGAAGCCCCUGGAGGGCCCACUGAAGGAAGAGCUGGAGGACGCGCUGGCCUUGGCCGAGCGUUUCACUCAGCAGUACAACGGCCUCCUGAAGAAGUUUGAGGAGCAGAUGUUCAACACGUCCUCCAUCCUGGACCUGUUCAACAAGCAGUUCGGCUGGGUGUCAUCUCUGGCCAACAGCACUGACAGCGACGACAGCAUCUUCCAUGUGCUGACGGUGACCUGCAAGGACUCCGAGCACAAACCCGACGAGGAGAAGGCGAUGGAGGAGGAGUCCGAAGAAACCGACGUGUCCGUGAAGCUCUUUGAUUCCUCCGUGAUGAACAUCACGGUGCCGGGCGACAUUCCCUGGAGCGACCCCAAGUUCUCUGAGGUGGUGGCACAGGAAGCCCUGGACCGCUACAAGGAAACGGCCGUCGUGGUCAAAUAACUUCACAGUGUGGAUUCGUCAAGGCAAGCACACCUGAAACCCCCGACGAUAAAAACACACGCAGACGAAGCCGACCAACUGGUCCUCCCUAAAGUCCUGCUUUCUGCAAACGACACAGUUUAACCUCAGAUGUUUGUAUUUUUUCUGUCAGAGCUCUUUGUCCUGCUGUAAGAAAAGAUAUUUAGUAGAUUACUUGUACCUCUAUCGUAAGGCCUUACACUAAAUCAUAUGUGAGCUGGUCUUUGCUAAGACAGGCCGCGGCACUUAAAUGAGUCACGCAAGAUUGCGAUAAAUGAAAAAAAAAAGAAAAUUCAUCAGCCUUUCUAAUGUAGAUUCAACUAUAAUUGUCUGUACAGCUCAAUGUAUUAAUUGUUGCUAUAAAAGAGAUAAUUCAGUGACUUUAAUGACCCGACGCACUUCUCUACAGAUCUCCGAUCACCAUCUGAGUUGGUUCAAGUGGUUGCUGGAGUUAAAAUCACUGAUGAGCAACGUUAAAUCUUUGUAUUUGAGAGUUAAAAUACAAGUUGAUAAUUCAGAAUGGCUUUUAACCCCCUCUGUAAAGCUGCAUAGCAAUUAAGCAAUAAAGACAUUUCAUAAAACCUG